UCUUGUGGGGGCCAAGAUGUAAACAAACACAUCAGCCUAUACUGCUUCCUCAGAGCACAUAUAUUUUUUUUUCGUUUACAUUAUGCAUCCACUAACAAUAUAAUUAUGUUAUUAUUCCUAGAACCUUUUAGUCUGUGUAAUACGUCGUGUGUAAUCCAUUCCGUCGACAAAAUCCAUGUCUGGAUUUGCGCUUGCCCUAUCGCUCUCCACCUAAAAGCAUCCAUGACAUAAAAAAAAACAGAAAGGAGGCGAACGUGCAAUACAAUGAUUGCAGAAAUUGUUAACGACAAUCCCAAGGCCAACUGUCCCCAACCCGUAGCAGAGAUCUUCCCCGAAUUGCCCGUCUCUUCGACUCUGGAAAACAGGCAGCAAUUUAUCACAAGCGGCUCUUCCAGGAGGGAUACACAGACGUCCACUGGAAGCAUCAACCCAGAGGAGAGCAGUAUCAAACCCUUGGUAUCUUCAGCAGCUGCAACCACUAUUUACAGUAUGACAUCGGGAGAAUUCAUGCAGACCGCUCCCCUGUUCGUGCAGAAAUCCAAGAGGAACAUAUUGUACAAGAUCCUGUGCUUUCUUAUCCUCAUCUUCCAGGGCGGAAUCCUGGACUUCUACCUCAUUAUAUUCACAGAUCUCUACUGGUGCUCAUGGAUAGCCACGGACCUGGUGGUGAUUUUGGGCUGGGGUAUAUUCUUCAUGAAAAACGCCAGAAGCAAACGAGAACGGGCUUGUGGUUUCCACCAGAAGAGCUCCAUAUUCGGUUGCAACCUUGGGGAGUUCACCUACGCCUACUUAGCUUGGCUUAUUUACGUUAUCGCCUGCACCCCUAAAGUGGUGCUCAUUUUGGAGAUGUCGAUCCUGGACCUCAUCACGCUCAAAGUUCCGUUUGGGGUCACUGGUUUUAAGAUUAUCAUGCUUCUCUCAGCGCCUCUGCUAUACUGCCUUAUCAAUUCCAUCAUCGAGGACCUUAACGGGGCGACGCGACACCACUCCCAAAGCUGCUUCGUGAGCACCUGCCUGGAUCUCAUUGACAGCUUCACCUUAGUAGAGAUGCUACUUAAGAACGAGAUACCUACAGUCUACCUAAAGUACACGGUUAUUUCAGUAUAUUUCAUUGCCUUGGUCGUCCCAGUCAUGUGGCUGUACGAGCUGACAGCCUCGGAGAUGCGUUGUCGCUGGAUUUGGGCCAGGUUCUUUGCUGGUGUGCUGGUCAACGCGCCCUUGUUGGUGGUUAGAUGCUUUCAAGUUUAUGUUUACAAAAUGCCCGUAUCGGUUUUUAUGUUCAAGAAUAUGUUCCUCCUGGCCUGCAAGUGCCUGGAGCUGAUUGAACAAUGCAUAGCAAUGAGAGGCGUCAGAAGGUUCAAUGGAAGCAACCCGGCGCAAUUCUCGCACUGCGUCUCCGAAAAUGACAUGUGUCCCCAUGGCUAUGUCAAUACUUUGGCUGUAACCACUCAGUCAUAGAUCUGUCAUUUUCUCGUGGGGUGGGGGG